UAUUUUCCUUUUUAUAUACACUUAUAUACAUAUAGUUUGCUAUCUAUAUCACCAACCUAAAUCUAACAGAUCUAUAAAUUCUCUCAAGCUGCAGCUUAAUUACCUGCAAAUUUAUUUGUCUGUGGACUCAUAAUUAACAUCUCCAAUAUAUGCCUACCACCACUUCUUUUUCCCAGGAGGCAAAAACAACAAGAAGAAUGAGUUCAAGGCAACGUCCCUUGCAUGCAUGUGGAGUUUCAAUCUUAACAAUUGGUGACAUUGCCAUAGGAAAAACCCAAAAUAUCAAUGGACCAAUAGGUUCAACAUUCAGAAACAUUGGAAAUUUGGCCAAAUUUAUCACACCUUUAAUCUAUACAAUUCAAUACCAGUGGCUAACGAUCCUCGCCUUCAUCGACGAUCGCAUCCUAGCCGCUGAAAACUUCACAGAGAAACUGUUUCCUCCUUCAAGGUACGUGUUCGACAAAAUUGACGAAGUCGUGUUAACGAUACUUUCUUUGCCAGAUAAAUUCGAUGGAGCAGUGAACAAGAAUGUGCCUGAAAUAAUCCACCAAGUUCCAUAUUUGGAAAGGACACUGAAAAUUUUAAACUCGAAAAUGAAUAGUUUGGUUUCGACAUUGAGGCGUGAAAGUUCAUGCGUGGAUGAGAAAACUAUUGGUGUUGAUACAAAUUUCUGCAGUGAUAAUAGUAGAGGGAUGGAAUCGGGUGCGACUGAGGAGUAUCUUGACUUUCCAAUGGAUCCAUCAAGUGUGGAAGGUUUUCCUCCUAUACCAGAGGCUGAAAAUAAAAGUGCUGUGGAAGGGUCUUGUGCUAACAAUAAGAAAAGUUCAUACAAAGAAGUAUUAUUGGAAAGUAGUGAGAAGAAAGUAGAUAAUGAUGAAUGUGAAGAUGAAGGAAAAGAGAAAAAAACUGAAAAGUGUGAAAGUGAUGAGAAAUUCCAAGGUUAUAAAAGUGAAAGCAAACAUGAAUAUGAUCCACUUAUGGAUUUGUUUGAGUCCGCAUGGCUAAUGAGUCCUCGUCGCCGUUAACUUCAACUUCACGACGGAAACCAAGCACAAAAAUAACUUAUAGCUCUGGUGACUGAUACUUGCAAGUUACAAGUUAAAAAUCAGUUACCAAACUGAAAAGUUACAAGUUAAGUCUUACCAUGCAAGAGUAUAGCACUUAUGAUGGCUACUUCAAAUGUGAGUGUCUUUUUAUUUUGUUUUGCAAUUUAACUUUUUAGUUGUUAAUUGGGAAUCUUGAAAGAGACUUGUUAAUCAAGUCCAUUUUUGUUUUUAUGCAAAUCAAAUAUCUUUCUGGUUGCCUAAAUUUCAA